AUGGAAUAUCGAAGAUGCAAGAAUUUAACAGUUAUACUUAUUUUGAUUUUCUCUAUUUUUCUCUAUUUUCUCUAUUUUUUAAAUUUAUACUUCGCAAAAUUUUUUUCGAUUAAGGAAGAAAAGCGAUAUCGUGAAAUGACUAAAUCGGUGGAUCCGAACCAAAUUUAUGGUCGCGUUAAUUUUACGCGAGGAUUUGGCGAGGAGAUUCGUUCUGCAAAUCGAAAUUUGGUUGCUGUUUUCAAUACAUUAUUAACUGUUGGUGGUGCUUUCAUUUUCGGCUUUUAUGGUAUUCAAUAUGCAUACCCAAAUUUGAAUUUGAACAACAUGGUGCGUGUUACUAUUGGCUUAAUAUUGGCAACAAUAGUUUUUUUUGCCGAUAUUUAUUUCAUUAUCACAAGAAUGGAUGAUUUAGGAGAAAAGCCAAUUCAAAAUAAAGAUAUAUUGAAUAAUUAA